GCAGAUUCUGCUUUUACAUGUACUGGGAUGCACUUCCUUCACUGUUACCUUCAGUCCUGCUGCUCUGUCAGUGAGGCUGUUCAAUACUAAUGACUCAUUAGCAAACCACUGAGUACAGAUCCACACUCUCAGCAGUCUGGUCCAGCCAUGCUCUUCAAAACCAUAUUGGUAAUCCUCCUCUAUGUGUCAGGUGUUCUGGGCCAAAAUGGAUGGGGAGUGACUUACGCCCCUGAGACAAUCUGUGGCUUAAAGGGGUCUUCAGUGGACAUGCACUGCACUUACUCAUAUCCCACAUCUUACUCAGUGUGGGAAACAUUCUGGUUCAUUCACUGGGAAGCUAAUCAGGAGCCUGAUGACCUGUCCCUGGAUCCAGAGUACUCUGACCGUGUGGAGUACCAUGGGAAUCGUAACAAUGACUGCACUUUUAGGAUAAAACAAUUGAGAGAAAGUGAUUCAAAAACAUAUCACUUCAGAUUCCUCACCUACAAUGCUGAUGGAGGAUAUUCUGGCAAACCUGGUGUCACAUUGGAUGUUACAGCUCUACAGGUGAUAAUGUAUCCUGGCACAGUAACAGAGGGACAGAGUGUAACACUGACCUGUAGCACCAGCUGCACUCUGACUGGCCGCCCAGCCUUCACCUGGUACAGGGAUGGAUCUCCUCUGUCCUUCACCACCCAGACACACCAGCUCACAGCCAGCAGUGAAGAUGGAGGCAGAUACUCCUGUGCUGUAAAAGGCUAUGAGGAUCUCCCCUCCCCUGUAGUGGUUCUUACUGGUCUAAGUUAG